GUUUAAAUCUGUUUAUUUUUAUUUUUGAGGAUGGUUUGGUUAGAUAAGAGCCUUAUGCUUUGGUUGAGAUCAUUUAGAGCGCUUUGAAGCUGCAUUAAAGGCGGGGUGCAUGAUCUCUGAGAGCCAAUGUUGACAUUUGAAAUCACCUAAACAAACACGCCCCUACACCAAUAGAAUCUGGACUUUCUUUUGACACACAUACGCAACCCAGGCAAUGAUAUUGGUUAGUAGACACGCCCCUUAGUGCUGAUUGGCUACAAUUGUAUUUUGGUACUCGGCCGGAGUCAAAAAUCAUGCACCCCGCCUUUAAAACUGUAAACUUUGAGGUCCACUAAAUGGAGAAAAAUCCUGGAAAGUUUCUUCUAAACUGAACAAAGAAAGACAUAAACAUCUUGGAUGGCAUUGGGAUUACAAUGAGUCUACAAUCCAAACAUACAGGAACAUCUCAAGAUAAAACAGUUUGAUAUUAAAUAAAAAAAUGAAUGAUCCAGAAGCCUUCAGAAUGAUGCAUGAAGAUACUGAAGAACAAAGAGACCUGAUGUGGAUGAACGGCGAUGAUGAAGAACUGGAGAAACCUCUGAAUUUCUUACAGAUCAAAGAGGCCGAGGAGGAUUUCAGCUGUUUUCAGUAUGAACAGAGUUCGGCAUGUCUUCAGAGAUACAUGACAGUUCACAUCGGUGAAAAAACAAACACGUGUGAUCAGUGUGGGAGGAGUUUCACAUCUAAAAGUCAUCUUAAUAGACAUUUAAUAAUUCAUACCGGAGAGAAACCGCACACAUGCCAUCAGUGUGGACAGAGCUUCACGCGUUUAGAAACCCUCAACAGGCAUUUAGAGAGCCACAGCGGACAAAAACCGUACACGUGCCUCCAAUGUGGAAAGUGUUUCACGCGUACUGGAAACCUGAAGAGACAUCUACAGGUCCACGCUGAGACGACUUUAGAGAAGACUUUGUACACGUGUCAUCAAUGUGAAAAAUCAUUUACACGUCUCCAUAACCUAAAGAGGCAUUUAAGAGUCCACAGCGGUCAGAAACCGCACACGUGUCACCAAUGUGGAAAGAAGGUGAUGGAUAAAGAAAAGCUGAAGGUUCACAUGAGGAUCCACACUGGAGAAAAGCCCUUCGUGUGUUCCCACUGUGGAAAAAGCUUCAUUUAUGCGAUCAGUCUCAAAAAUCAUCUUCUCACUCACUCUGACGUCAAACCGUUUCACUGCGACGUCUGCACUAAACGCUUCGUUUCAGCAUCAGGGCUAAAGCGACACCUGCAGGUUCACGCCAACGAGAAACCUCACGCGUGUUCGGUGUGCGGGAAGUGUUUCGCGCGGCUCGACUGUUUACAGAAGCACCAGGACAUACACGCCGGGGUGAGAGCUCACGUGUGCUUUCACUGCGGGAAGGCUUUUACUACGGUAAGCCAACUGAAAGAACAUCAGAGGAUUCAUACUGGAGAAAAACCUUACAAGUGUUCACAGUGUGACAUGAGAUUCACCAAACCAUCCACCUUGAGUACACAUAAGAAAGUACACGCCGGAGACAAACCGUAUCACUGCUCUUCAUGUGGGAGGGGUUUCAAACAAUCAGACCAACUACUGGAGCACAUGAAAAAACGGCACAGUUGACCAUCUUCAAAAUGUCAUUACAGCGUGUUUGAAAAAAAAUAUGGUUCUUUAAUCUCAUUUAUUAAUGUGUAGAGUAGGGCUGAGCGGUAUAUCAGUAUUUUUUCCCAUCGGGAUACGGGAUGACAUAGAGUCUAUUUCGGUAUGGUUUGCUUUGCAACAGAAGCUCUGCCAGAAAUGUACACCAAGGUCUGAUGUAAGCUUUCCAAAAACUCUGAAUUUAAGCGCAUUUUGAAGUAUCGCAUAAGAAACGAGUCGCCAAAUUUUGAUUAAAAGUCUCUCCACCAGCGUUUUAAAAAAAAGUUGCCAGCCAGCACCAGCAUUUUUCAUGAUUUUCACAAAAGUUUAAUGCCUUCCAGAAAAUGUUCUUCUUUAAAUAUAUAAACAAGCAAUACAUCAAAUGAAAGAACAGACCCUCUAAUUUUAAACAAAAAAAUCGUUUCAUCCUAGCUUCAUUAGUUCUCUUUAAUCACCUCUUAAAUAUGUGUAGGUUUCUUCAAAAACACCAAAUUUGAGCAAAAAGCUGAGAUAAAUCCAUUUUUGUAAAGGACUUUUAAUAGAGGGCAGAUGCAGAGCGAUCUUU